AUGGAUGUGGACAACCAAGACGUGGAACGUGCCUAUAAAAGGAUUCGUCUGCAAUCACCGGAGCCCGACAUUAUUUGUGAUAAUGUCGAUGAUUUUCUGUUGUCAGAUUCUGAAUCUCUCCCUCAGCUCCCGUGCGACAACGGGUUCUCGGCCAGCAUCUUAGAACUUACCGAAGAAAACAAAGACGAAGCGAGACUUGAUAUCGAAGGCGAGGCACUGACUCAAGAGACAGCUCGCCAUGUCUGCCUCGGAACGAUAAUCUUGGAGGCCACAUCGUCAUUCUUCAAGGACCGGCAAGAGUCAGAAACCCCAAUCGAUCUGCGAGAGUGUGGAAGUAUCAUCAAGCUAAAUACGGCAGAGACGGGGGAAUACGCGGGCAUCCUUAACGCCUCGUUUCCAUCGGACUUACUACACCGCCCUUCGGUAAAACUCAGCGCUCUGUUGACAGCCCCAGCAUCGCUUCGAGUUGUAAUAUCCAGCUACAUGGAAGAAGCAUCCCAAAUUGGAGACCUACUAUCUAACAACGACCUUUUCCUCCAACAUCCGUCACCCCACGACAUCGAAUACUUUGAGCUGGAGAUGGAAUACUUCAAUCCACAUUACCUCAUUACCCCGGGAUCUCGUAUGCCGCAAUUGGAAGAUCUUGCCAUCGAAUACAACGAGAGUACAUCUAAUUCUUCUCUGGCCUUGGACGAGAAGAAGAAAGGUCAGCUCAUUGGUAUUUUUGAUACAGCGGCUGACCUUUCCAUCCGACCCACAACUGAACCAAGUCUGCGUCUACAGACUCAUCUGAAAGACUAUCAGCUCAAAGCUCUCACUGUGAUGAGUGAGAAGGAGUGCGUCAACCUUGAAAAUCCUCAAUGUCCUUCGCUAUGGGCUGCUGCACGGGAUGCAUCCACUCACGGACACAGGGCCGAUGCUGUGCCUAUUUGUGCUGGAGGUAUUCUUGCUGAUGAGAUGGGGCUUGGGAAAACGCUCUGCAUACUCUCCCUCAUUUGCUGGUCGCUGGACUCGCUAAGGGACACGGAAGCCCAAGGGAUUUGUUCUGAGCCGUCGACAACGUUGGUUGUCAUACCCAAGAGCAUGAUUCCUGGCUGGCAAGCCCAGAUUAAACACCAUAUCAUACCGGGUCAGAUCCGUGUUGCUGUCUAUCAUGGUACUGGUAGGCAGACUCUUGCCAAGGAGUUCCGAAACAAUGAUAUCGUCUUGACAACGUAUCAGACCCUAAGGUCUGACUGGUCUAACAAAGGUCCAUUGUUCACAGAGAAAUGGUUCCGCGUCGUUCUAGAUGAAGCCCAUCGUAUCGGUAACAGGUCAACUCAAGUAUUUCAGGCCGCAUGUGAGCUCCAGUCAUCGAGGCGCUGGUGUCUCACGGGAACUCCUAUCGUCAAUUCCAUCGAUAACUACGGGGCAUUGCUGGCCUUCAUACAGAUGAAGCCUCUCCAUGCCAAGGACAUUUUCGAUCGUUGGAUAUCCCAUCCGAUUCGAGAUAAUCUACAGGAAGGCCUUCGAAAGCUAAGAAUCUUGGUUGAAGCAACGUGUCUCCGCCGGACGAAAUCUAGCAUUUCGCAGGCACUACCGCCUCCGACAAUUCGCGAAGAAAAGGGUGACCUGCAUCCAUAUGACCGCGACCUUUACGAUUUCUUUGAAUCCGAAGCCGCCAAAAGCGCUGCUGACCCUGCCAGCAAUUCAAAGACGGGUAGGGAAAAGAAGAAUAUCCUGUCUCUGAUUCACAAUCUCCGCCGAAUUUGCGAUCAUGGAGAGGACCUCUUACCUACUUCGGACAUUGAAACGUGGAGUAUUGGCUCAUACCUUCAGACACCGCCGUCUGCGAAGGUGAAGAAAUUGAUACACAACAUUCGGUUGGAACAAGCGAACAACUUGGAAGAGGCGGUGACACCACCAGUGAAGAGCGUGGUUUUCAGUUCCUGGACGAGGAUGCUCGAUCUCGUUCAGAAUGCGCUUUUACAGGCUGGUUUCCUAUGCGAGAGGAUUGAUGGCCAGUCCUCCAUCAAACAACGAGAGAAGACGCUGUCUAGAUUUGCAAAUGACCCUUGCUGUACUGUAAUGCUAGCCACCCUCGGGAGUGGCGGGGAAGGCAUUGACCUUACCUCGGCGAAUCAUGUGCAUCUUCUUGAGCCUCAUUGGAACCCCAUGGCCGAAGAGCAAGCGAUUGCACGUGUUCAUCGAAUAGGUCAGCAGCGGCACGUCACUGCUACCAAGUAUAUUACUACCGAUUCAAUCGAGGAGUCUGACGCCGUAGGCUAUAUUGACGAUGAGAUUUCAAAAAAGCUUGAGCAAUGGCUCACUCAGAGACGCUGCGUGCGUGGCGUGUGA